UGUUUUAUACAUUUGCUUAGUGUGGUGUCAGUGGUUUACAAUUUCAGUUUGCAGUGCUGUGCUCAGUUCGUUUUCAUCAUCGUACCGGUUGAAGUUGCAGUUGUACGACUCAAAGUGAACUCAUCAUUUAUUAGUUGCACAUUUGCAUUUGGUAUCCGUAAUUUGGAAUAUAGCUUUAAUAAAAUACUGGCGACAUACUUUGUUUUGUAUAGAAUUGAAAAAAUAUUUAUUGAAAACUUGAUUUAUUCGAAAAAUGGGUGAGAAGAAAAAGCCUGUCUAUAUCCAGUAUAUGUUCGGUGGUCUCUCUGGAAUCGGAGCAACAUGUGUGGUGCAACCGCUGGAUCUAGUUAAAACACGCAUGCAAAUUUCCGGCAUGGGAGGCGCCGUCAAAGAAUACAACAACACAUUCGAUGCCAUCAGCAAGAUCAUCAAGCGCGAAGGUACUUUUGCAUUAUACAAAGGAUUGAGUGCCGCAAUCAUGCGUCAGGCGACAUACACCACCACCCGGCUGGGUGUGUAUACAUCGCUUAAUGACGCCUACAGACAAAAAACGAAUCGAGCUCCAAACUUACUGGAAUCCAUGCUCAUGGGCAUGACUGCUGGGGCCAUUGGUUCCUUUGUAGGCAACCCAUGCGAAUUAAUUCUCAUACGAAUGACAGCGGAUGGUCGGCUGCCGGUAGCCGAGCGAAGAAAUUAUACAAAUUUCUUCAACGCUUUCUUCCGCAUUGCAAGAGAGGAAGGCGUUUUAGCGCUGUGGCGCGGCUGUAUUCCUACCAUGGGAAGGGCUAUGGUAGUCAAUGCAGCGCAACUUGCUUCCUAUUCACAAGCCAAAGCGUAUCUUGUUAACAGUGGGUACCUUAAAGAAGGCAUUGGAUUACACUUUACUGCUAGUAUGUUCUCUGGUUUAAUUACCACCGCGGCUUCGUUACCAGUUGAUAUUGCCAAAACAAGAAUUCAGAAUAUGAAAGUUAGCGCAGGCGAACAACCACCGUACAAAAACACUAUUGAUGUUAUAGUCAAAGUUAUCCGCCACGAAGGCGUUUUCGCACUUUGGAAGGGCUUCACCGCGUACUACGCCCGAUUGGGUCCACAUACGGUGCUAACAUUUAUAAUUCUCGAACAACUAAACGGUCUCUACAACACGCACGUGAUGGGUGGCAAAGGACCCAAAUCCGGAUUGUGAGAAACAGAUCAAACACUUAAGAUCCCGUCCAGAUCAAAAACGAACAUACCAAUCCAUCAGCAUAUAACAUCAAAAGAUGCAGUUGCCUUCUAGCAUUUCAUAUAUACAACGAAAUACGAGUACAUUUGCAUUCAUUACAUACUUCCUGACACCAAUGCUAGUAAUACUAGAUUGUGUUGGGAAAAUUAAGCUACCUUAUGUUAUUACCUGUCUGUUUUAUAUAUAUUAAAAAUUUUUGUUUUCGUUUUCACUCGUAGCAAAUACUGCCAAUAAUCAAUGGCACAUAAAGCCCGCCAGAAUAUAGUCGCACAAGUUAGGCAGCCACCAAGUCAUAGUUGAAUCCAGUUUCUUGGCUGAAAGCCAGCAAGCUAGUACAGAUGGGCGCUAAAUACAGCGUCGUUCAUUACCUAGGCCACCAGAACAACAAAACUUAGACAAUCCCGAAGCAUUGAAAUUCUAGCACCGCCAUCGGGGUGAAUGUAAAUUUUACAAAUGUGUUAUGCCUUCCGUGUUGUAUAGGACCGCUAACUGGCGGUGUAAUGCAUUCGUGCGAACGUACUUCGCGGUCGAUUGAGUGUGCGCUUGAACUUGACGUAAAACGGUAGAAUGCAAGCAAUGCGAUGAAUGAGUUGAAUAAAUCUUCUUAUUGUAGGCAAAUGAUGAUGGACGUUUCUUAUUAUUUUUGUUGAGUUUGAAAUUAAAAAACAGUUAAUUAA